CUAUUAACACCUAGGCGGCUCAGUGUGAAGAAGACUUGAGAGUUGCAGAGCUUGGUGAAGCUCCAUAGCCUAUUCGUUGUGCUUGCUUGUCCCUACAGGAGCAAGAAAAAUGGAGGAGUCUCUGAGAAUCCAAAAACUCGAAGAACUUCCAUCGCCCUCUGAAUUUGCUUCUCAGAUUGAAACCAGAAACGUUCCCGCGGUGUUCAAUGGAUGCGUCAAAGAGUGGAAGGCCUUCUCCCGCUGGAAUCCCUCUAAUGGCGGCCUCGACUAUUUGCAGGAACUUGUGGGGUCAUCCAUUGUGGAAGCUAUGCUGUCCAGAUCAGCACCAGUGUUUUAUGGUGAUCUUAGAAGCCAUGAGAGGGUUCCAAUACCGUUUUCUACCUUCAUUGGUUUUUGUAAGCAAAAUAUGCAAAAUGCAGAAGAUAGUCCUGGUGUUUGUCUUGGAUCAGAGCAUCAGCCCAUGGAAUCUGGUACAGAGCAGGAACUUUUGCUCUCUAGAGAUGCCCCUGACCAGAUUUAUUUGGCUCAGGUGCCAAUCAUGAAUGCUGAGAUUAGGGAGAGGGUUCAGCUGGAGAAUUUGAGGGAAGACAUCAAAAUGCCUUCAUUUUUGGAGACUAAGUCAUUGGCUUCUAUCAAUCUGUGGAUGAAUAAUGCUCAAGCUAGAUCGAGUACUCACAAUGAUCCACAUCAUAACAUUCUCUGUAUAGUUUCAGGCUGCAAGCAAGUUGUCUUGUGGCCCCCUUCUGCAAGCCCCUUGUUAUACCCUAUGCCUAUCUAUGGAGAGGCCUCAAAUCAUAGUUCUGUUGCUUUAGAGAAUCCUGAUUUCUCAAGGUAUCCGAGAGCAGAAGGUUCCAUGGAAUACGCUCAGAAGGUUGUUCUUAAUGCAGGUGAUGCCCUUUUCAUUCCUGAAGGAUGGUUCCACCAAGUAGAUAGUGAUAAAUUGACCAUUGCUGUCAACUUCUGGUGGCAGUCCUAUACCAUGUCUAGCAUGUCAGAACACAUGGAUGCAUAUUAUUUGCGCAGAAUAUUAAGGAGAUUGACCGACAGAGAAAUGAAUGAGGUGCUGCACAAGACUUUUUCUGCCAGUAGGGAGAGGCUGAACAGUCAUACAGGCGAGCUGACUACUAAUGAUCAAGCAGGUCAUAGUUGUGAUUCAGACCAUGCAUGCGAUGGAAUGGAUUUAAAAAGGAAAGAGAAACUGCGGACAGUUACUUUGCAUGAAUUGGAACCCUGUGCUCUCCAGGCUGUUCAUGAACUUGUUUCCCUAGUUCAUGAUCGUGUCAAUGUUGCUGAUCAAAAACAAUCAUCAUGUACUGGAACAAAGAAUUCUGUAGCUUGUGCAGGAGAUGAGUCUAUCAAAAUUACUGUGGGUAAUUCAUAUAAUCUGGAAGAUGAUCCAAUUGCUAAAGUCCUUUGGAAUCUAGAACCCCCUACAUUUCAAAAUGUGAUUCUUACUGUGGCGAACAACUUCCCUAGAACUUUGGAGGCUUUUAUACUGCAUUUGCUUUCACCAGUUGGAGCAGAAGUCCUUACACGUAAAUUUGAUGAGAUGGAUCUACAGACUACCGAAGAAGAUAGGAACAAAUUCUACCAGAUUUUCUAUGGUUCGUUUGACGACCAAUUUGCUGCAAUGGAUGCAAUUCUGAAUGGGAAAGAGUCUUUUGGAAGACAGGUAUUUAUGAAUGUGUUGGAUAAAUAUUUGGGAGUACACUGUGAUGUGCAAAAAUCUAAAGCUGGAUAAGAGUUCAGUGCAUUUCACUGUACUAAAGCUGCUUUCUGUCUCGGUCAAUACUUUCACAAGUGAGUGAUCUAAAUUUUUGUACAUUUAUAUCAAGCCUUGUACAUGUGAUUAUCUGUUCCUAAGUUACUACUCUGACUGCAUGCGAAUCAACCCAUCUAAAAUUUUGUGCAGUUCGAAUUCUGAAAUUAAAUUUUGUUUUCUUAUUUGGAACCAUGUUUGGUAAAAGGCUGUUACCCACUGAUCAUAUGGAUAGAUUUUUUUUUUCAUAAUAUACAGUGGCUAUUUUGUUGUUCUCUUU